CGCGCGCGCGACGUUACGACACCGGAUCACCGCAGCGCACCAAGCAGCAGCGUCAACCGCGUUUCCGGACUUCGGCGGCGACUGUACACUGUACAGCGACAGUAACGUACGACAACCGACGGCGGAAGAAGCAUCAGCCAGAACAAGCUCAGCGCAACAGUUAUCACUGCCACCGCCACCACCCUCGCCGGCCCCGCGCACAGAUCAAAACCCAAGAAAAACUCCAGACAAUAAUGUCUUCAAUUUCACAAUUCAGAAAGAACAAGCUCAUGUACGUCUUCAAUGUCUUCUUCGACGUCAACUCCAGCGGCACUAUCGACAAGAAAGAUUUUGAGAUCGCCAUCGAAAGAUUUUGUAAUUUGCGAGGCUGGAGCGGUGACUCGGAAAAAGUAGAGAAAACCCGAUCAUGUCUGCUCAAGGUCUGGGAUGGCUUACAGUCUGGUGCUGACAAAGAUCAGGAUGGUCAGGUGACACAAGAUGAAUGGUGCGCAAUGUGGGACGAAUUCUCUAAAAACCCGAGUGCACCCCAAGAAUGGCAAACACACUAUAUGAACUUCAUGUUUGAUCUGGUCGACACUUCAGGCGACGGUUCCAUCGACGAGGCGGAAUUUUGCGAAGUUUGCCAAAACAACGGCGUGCCUGCUGCGGAAGCUGCGGACGCGUAUAAACGAUUCUCAAAGGGCGGAACCGUACAAGUCUCUCAUGACGAAUUCGCUAAAUAUUGGGUGGAAUUUUUCUCCUCCGAAGAUCAAGCGGCUUUGGGCAACUUCAUUUUUGGCAAAACAUCGUUCAACUAAAUUACAAAAAAUUCGUAACGCGCAUGUCGUCUUUUUUGUUUUUAUUUUUUUCUUUAUAUACUAAUACUUAAAACUGUGGUAAAAAAAUCACAUACAUAAAGGAUAUUCAAAACGAUAAAUCUUCAUUAGAUAUUAAUAUAAUAUCAUAUUCUAUUUAAAUAAGUAGAUUUACAAGCGUAGUAAUUACAUUUUAUCUAGUAUUUAAAUAUACUAUCUUAGUCAAUUCUUCGUACGUACUUCGUUUAACUAUUGUGAUAAGAUUAAAAUAUGAUGUUCAAUAUAUUAUUAUUUAUAAUAUAAUUGAUAAUUUUCGAUAAUUCAUAUUACAAAUAAUAUUAAACGACAAUUAUUAUUAUUAGUCUAGAUUAAAACAAUAUUUGCAUUCUGUUCGUGACUUAUUCACGUAAAAAUAAAAUCAUGUAAUAUCAUGCGUAUUCAUAUUUAAUAUUAAUAAUUAAAAUAAUAAUAACUAGCAUAUCGUACGAUGAACACAUUUUUUUAAACUUUUAAGCUUGUACACAUUUAUAAACAUGUUUUUAUAACACGCAAUUGGGAAUUAAUUAUUACGUCAAUAGUGAAAAUUAAAAAAAAAAAUGAGUACCACAAACUUCAGGAUAGUUGACUACUUAAUGUCGGUAAAGAAACAGUAACAAUUUUAAUCUAAAAUGAUCUCGUUGCCAAAAUAUAACACUAUACUAUCUUAAUAUAGUGUUUACUCAGGGUAACGAUUUAAUAAUAUAAAUAUAAAUCAAUACAAUAUAUUUAUAUAAAAUCACAAAUCUCAUAAAAUCACACGUCAUUCAAAUAACAAUAAUAUUAUAGCAUCAUAUAAAUAGUUAUUAUAACAAAAUAUCAUUACUAAGCUAUUGAAUGGAAAUAUAAAUAAUAUGAAAUCGUAAACAAUAAUAAAGCUAAUAUUACUCUAUUAUAUUAUAAUACUAUGUAUGGCCAAUAUAGUGGCACUGUAGAAAGUUAAUAAUAGUAUUGAAUUUUGUGAAACAGUAAGAUAGUAGAACAUGUUUGUGCGUAAUCAUUAUUAUUAUUAUUUUUUUUUUUGUAAUAUUCUUUGUAUUUCUCGGAAAUGUAACGUUUUAAAAGGUAUUGGCCGUCAUUUCUGUAGUUUUUGAUUCAAAAAAUAUACAUACAUAAAUGUAACAUUUCAA